AUGCUUAUACAAAUUGCCAUAGUCACACAGUCAUACUUUUGGCCCAUAUAUUUCCAGUCAGUCAAAAACACCAAUGCCAAACAAUCAGGCAUCGAUCUACUUCCAUUGAUCGUAUCUAACAGCCUUGCAAUGCUCUGCGCGGGCUCCAUAACGUCAAGAUUCGGACACUAUGUUCCUCUCAUGUGGUUCGGACCUAUUCUCCUAGCUCUUGGAGGUGGUCUAUUUCAGCUCAUGAGCCCCAACAGUUCCUUCGGACAAUGGGUAGGAUUCCAAAUUCUGUCUGGGGCUGGAUAUGGUGCUUGUAAUCAAAUGCCUAUCUUGGCUGUGCAGGUCGUUCUCACCAAGCCGGAUAUACCAACCGCCCUUGUCAUUAUCAUGUUCUUUCAGAUGCUUGGCGGUGCGCUGGCACCUAGUGUUGGUCAGAAUCUUUUCACAGAUGGACUUCUUCGAAAUCUUAAUAAGGUGCCCGGAGUAGAUGGCGCGGCUAUAGUGGCGGCUGGUGCGACUGAUUUCAGGACGCUUGUUCCGGCUGAGCUGAUGGAUGCUGUUGUAGCUGCGUUUAAUUCUGCUUUGAGAGAUGUGUUCUGGUUUGCGUUUGCGGCACCAGCUCUUGCUUGGGGAAUAAGCUCGCUAAUGGAGUGGCGGAAAUUGCCUGAUUAUAGCAAACAGCCUGAGGCUGAGGGUAACGGAGUAAACGACUCGGGAACUCCAGUUAAGGGGAUUAUGAAGCCUGAGAGAUAG